CAAACUAAUAGUCCAAAACCUUUGGCCGCGUGCGACACUCUUGUAGUAGCGUUAGCGUUUCACUGUACUCCGCUGCAACAGCACACUUCUUUUUACCUACCCGUGUGGUUUCACGGCAUAGACAAUUUAAACGAAGAUGUGUGAAAUCAAUUUACCAACUAUUUGGAUUCUAGGAGGCCCGGGCAGUGGAAAAGGUACCUUAUGCGACAAAAUUGUAACCAAAUACGGGUUUACUCACAUUUCAACUGGCGAUUUGCUAAGAGAUGAAGUAAACACCGGAUCAGAACGUGGUCAAGAAUUAGUAAAAAUUAUGAAAGAAGGAGCUCUUGUUCCUACGUCUGUUGUGAUGGAAUUGCUCAAUGAGAAGAUAAAAAGUAAAGUAGCAACAUCCAAAGGAUUUUUAAUCGAUGGUUAUCCACGUGAAAAAAAACAAGGAGAGGAGUUCGAAAUAGCGAUAAAACCUGUUGAUAUGGUGUUAUACUUAGAAUCUAAAGACGAGACAAUGGUACAAAGGUUGCUGAAACGAGCAGAGACUAGUGGUCGGUCAGACGAUAAUUUGGAAACAAUUCAAAAGCGCCUGCAAACAUUUCAUGCCAAUAACGAUCCAAUCAUUGAAGCGUACAAAUCAAAAGUGGUGAUUAUUUCAGCCGAACAAAGUGCUGAAGCAGUUUUUGCUGAAGCUGAAAAACAAUUAGAUGCUUUAGUUGCUACAAAUUAGAUAUAAAUAUGAACUUAAAAUCUAUACUUGUUAAUUUUGGCAAUGAAAAAUUAUUUUUGUAGAGACAUCUGCUCAAAGUUAUAUAAAUAAAAAAAAAAACAAAAAUUUAUAAUUCAUAGUAUAAGCACCACAAGAUACAUUAA